AUGGCCAAGCAGACACACUCGUCCGGCAGUGAGACUGACGUAUCUACUUCUACUGAGAAUUUGACCCCUGAAGAGCACUAUGUCCUCAAGACGGGCAUUCGCCAGGAGCCCCAGGGCGAGGAAACGUACCUGAAUGUGGCCACUGAUGGCCUUCCAUUUAGCGCCAAUUUGAACAUUCACAAUAACGGUCCCAUCGGCAGCUACAUUUCUCCGUUCCUCUACGGCAAAUUGGCGGCUGUCAAUAAUAACAUUUACGCCGAAGUGAAAGAGCCCAUUUCGAAAAACUCGGAUAAUGGAAACUUUUACUACUACAGCCACUCAAUGGGCGAACAGCAAUCACCAGUUAAUGGCAGCAACAACCGCUCGGUUAUUCGCGAAAAGACUGAAAUGAUGAAAGCAAAUAAUCUGAGCUCAGUGAUUGACAGCGAUAGUCCUUACUCUAAUCUGAAUCUGAUGAAGUUCGGCCAAGCAGGUAUGCCGCCCAACGGCAGCAGUCCACUCUUCCUCGACAACCCAUCUGUGAUAAACUUUCAGUCAUCCGGUGAACAAGGAGGCACAGCGGUGAACUGCACCGAGGCUUCCAUUAGCCUACAGCAGCCGAUGCUGAACAACUACUUAAACUCACUGAAGAAGAACGACUCACUGCUGAUCAAGAACUUCAACGGCGACAGCGUCACCCUACCUCCCCCUCCCCCUCCUCCCGAGUACGACAAGCAGUGGGGUGCAUUUCUGAUGAACUCCAGUGCCUCCAAGUCCUGUGAACGAUUGGCCAUAUCGCGAUCUCAUCCCGACCUCUCCAAGUUUGCAGACGACGAACUGGGCGCCGCUAGCCCGGGUCGCGUCAAUGGCUCUGGCCAUGGCAAUCUGGUGGCAGCCAAUCUCUCCUACACCUACAGUCAGCCCAACUCUCCCUACUCGCCCUAUCGCAACAACACCGUUGAGAUGAUACUAGCCGAAAAUGCCGCUCUUCGCUCUCAACUAGAGCACUGUCUGAGAAAGGUGAAGAACCUGCAAAAUUUUGAAUUAGAAAUACAAAAAGUGCAUCAGUCUCACGAAGAAUUAAUAAAGUCUUCGGAGAAGAAAGAAAAACUUGAGCGUGCAUUAAGGUACAAGCUGGAAAUACAAAAUCGACGGCUUCAAGAAGAGAACCAGUGCCUAAAAGAACAAAUUGAAUCGGGGUCUGUCAUGAAGCGAGAGAAUUUUGAACAAGGAGACACUCCUGAUUUGAAAAAAGAAAUGAACAGGCGGGAUGUUUUAAUAUCUCGCCUUUUAGCUAAAAAUAAAGAAUACAUCACUGACAAAGAUCGGCAAGAGAUUGAACUUCAGGCUCAGAGACUGACUUUGCAAGAGCAGCGUAAUCACAUUGAAAUUCUUGACACUGCUUUGAUGAAUGCUCAAAACAACAUAAUAACACUAGAAGCUGAGUUGCGAAAAAGGGCUGGUUUUGAAGAGAAAACCUUGUUCCUCAAGAAAGCUUUGUCCAACCUGCAGCUGACCAAUGAUCGAAGGCUGCAAAUGGAGAAACGCGCUCGUGCUCACCUUGAAAAGGAAAUUGAAGAGUUAAAAAGACAAAAUGCUACUGGAACGAGCAGUACUGAUAAUAAGGAGGCUCGUGGUGAUAAAGACUUGGACGCAAAUGCGUUAAAGAAAAUGAUUCGCGAGUAUGAUGAGAAAAUUAUUGGCCUCGAGGCUGAAGUGUCUCGAUGGGAGCACAAGUACUUGGAGGAGAGUACUUUGCGAUCUAUUGAAGUGAGCGCCGCUUCUGCUCCAAAAGAUGCCAAAAUUGCCGCUCUAGAGCGAACUUCGCUGGAAAGUGAAAAGCUAAUAGCUGAAGCGCGAAGUGAACGCCUACGACAUAUGGACGAGAUUCACGUGGAGCGGAAGAUAGUCGCUGAGCUGGAGAUCAAACUGAAGGAUGCUGAGUCAAAGAUGGUGGAGAAGGACGCCAUGAUCAAGGUGCUGCAGAAUGUCCUGCAGAAGCACUCUGAUGACCGAACGGCGGUGCUGCAGAAAAGUCUGGCACGUCGCUUUCCCAAUCGACACACCCGAUCUGCUAGCACAAUGGGCUUGGUCGUCUCCGGUGGCACUGCAAACAAUGCUACUGGAGGCAAGCCAGACGUCCUUUCAGCGGACUUUGGCAAAAUGAUCGUCUCUAAGACGAGCCAGCGACCCAGCAACCUGGCUCUCAACUCUGAAAAUGUCGACUCGGACCUGGUCGACGGAGUGAACAACCUCGAUGAACAGUUGAAGGAGAUUGAUUCGCGUCUCUCACCCAAGGUUAGCACUCCAUAA